GGGCUGCAGGGAGGCGGGGAGGGACCGGGGCGCGGCAAGCCCGGGGCAAGCUUCUGAAGUGCUGGAGGGACCCAUGAGGGUGUCGGCGCGCUGAAUGCCUGGCAGGCGGAGGGGCUCAGCGAAGUUGGGGUGCAGGUAGGGAGGGGGGACCGUGUCCGAGCCUCGUCACUGCACUGCUGGGCGCAGGGUCUGGACACCUUUUCAAGUGGGCUUUCUCCGAGUCAUGUCCCGCUUGGUUGGGGAGCACGAAAGGGUAUUAUUUGGAGCGGCACUGAGGAUGGAAAACCUGGACCCUUGCCUCCCCCGAAGGGAAACUAAGGCUCUGAGACCCGCGGAGAACUACACUUUCGAUGCCCCCACCGGGAUGGGAAGGGGACUCGUCAUUCCGGACUUUGUGUCACGGCUGCACCUCUGUCCCUUUGCAAGCGGGAGUCUGGGCACCACCCCAAUGGGGUUGCUUUGGCACAGAGUCAGGAAAUAAAGCCCCCAGGCAACCUCGGUCCCAGCGCCCAUCUCCUUCCUUCACUCCGCUCGGCCCGGGGCUUUGUUAGACUGAGGUCUCCCGUGGAGGCGAUCCGAGCUGGCUAGCGCCUCCUGAGCCCAUGGACCCCGCUCAGCGUCGGCCCCGGGCCCGCCCUCGUCGGUUCUCGGCCUUUGGCCCUGUUUCCCUGGCCUGGGAGACCCGCCUCUGCUCCCCAACCCCCGCUCCCAUCCCCACUCCGUCUGAGCCUGCAGGCCCCUCCAGCCCCUCCUCCCGCUAACGUGGCUCUGGGACCCGGUCCCGGCCCAGACUCUGCUACCCGCCCCUCCUCGGAGCCCCAGAUCCAGUGAAGGGGAGACACGUCGAGCCCCUGGCCCCAGGCCCACCUCUUUCGAGGCUCUAGACACCUGGAUUAUCCUCGCUGGGGGUUGAGUGGAAGGGAGGGUAGGUGCUGAGCCUGGGGCUGAGAGCUAAAGGUGGGAGAACUGUCUUGGAGAAGAGAACCCGCCGGUUCCGCAAGGCUCCUUGGCGCACCCCUGCUCCCCCUGAGGAAGGUGGACUGGAGCGGGCGAUCAGCCCGAAGGCUUCCUGCUAUUGUCCCUAGUCCGCUCUCCUCUUCUCCAUCCCUUCCCCAUCUCAGCUAGACUCUAUGACCCCGGCCACUCCCCAGAGGUGGCUGCAGGGCCAGGAGAGAGAGGGGCUGUUUCCUCUUCCCAGCAAGGGGAGAAUCCAGAGGGGAGAGAAGGAGUCGGCCAGGUCUGCCCCUUUUGCUUCAGAUGGGGAGGUAUGAAGGGAUUCCUCCAGGACAGAGUAAACCUUUCUCCAGGCCAGAGGUUAGAUGAGAGCUGCCCAGAUGCUGCUCCCCAAAACAAACAUGGGAAGCCCUCUUAAAAAUGUAUUAUAGUUGAGCCUAGGGAGUCAAUGCAAAGGCCAGCCAAGUGUUUUUAGAGGCUAAACGAAUCCAGCCUAAAGUGGGGGAUAUGUGAAGAGAGAUUGGGUACGAGGGGGCAGGGCCUGCUCUCUCUGGAAGGAAGGAAGGGGCUGGGGGUGCUUGCUGUCAGAGCAUUUUGCCUGGAAAUGAAGAGCAUGUAAAUGAGAUGCAAAUCAGCCUCUAUUGUCCCUAGCUAGGGUGCUUUUGCUAGGAAGGCUGUUGGAUUCUGAGGGUUUUAACAUGGGAGUGGUCUUCAUGCCCCACAAACUCUCCCAGUAACCCCUUUCGCCAAGGCUGGCCCUGCAGUUCCAGGAGUUUCUGGCUAGGGGCUAUCCCUAUCUCCUGCCCCCACAUCUCUGGGCAUGAAGCCACCAGCACCUUUGUAACUGAACUAAAUGUCACCUGUUUCCCCACUUCCAGAGCAUCAUCUUCCCUACCCUAGCCUCAAUAGACUUUUUCUGAAUUUUCUUGAGAGAUGUGGUAAGGAAGGUGUAACUCAGUCUCUUCCUUCCUUUUAUCCCGUCUUCCAUCAGGUCAGAGGUCUCCUAUCCCUCUCAAACCCCCACAGAAGUCACCUCCCCAGCUCUCUUGGGACCCCACCUGACGUCAGCCUCCCCACCAGUGACGCUGGAUUGAGGGGCCAGCAUAUGGGUGAGGGGUCACCCCCUGGGGCCUGAGCUGCCCCACACAGGAUGCCCCGUGCCCCCUACUUCAUGCCCUUGCUGCUACUGUUGCUGCUGCUCUCACUUCCCCAUACCUGGGCUGCCUUUCCCCAGGACCCCCUCCCGCUGUUGAGCUCUGACCUGCAAGGUACUUCCCCAUCAUCCUGGUUCCGGGGCCUGGAGGAUGAUGCUGUGGCUGCAGAACUUGGGCUGGACUUUCAGAGAUUCCUGACCUUGAACCGGACCUUGCUAGUGGCUGCCCGGGAUCACGUUUUCUCCUUCAAUCUGCAAGCCCAAGAAGAAGGAGAGGGGCUGGUGCCCAACAAGUAUCUAACAUGGAGGAGCCAAGAUGUGGAGAACUGUGCUGUACGGGGAAAGCUGACGGACGAGUGCUACAACUACAUUCGUGUUCUUGUUCCCUGGGACUCCCAGACGCUCCUUGCCUGUGGAACGAACUCAUUCAGUCCUGUGUGCCGCAGUUAUGGGAUAACUUCGCUGCAGCAGGAGGGUGAGGAGCUGAGUGGGCAGGCCCGAUGCCCCUUUGACGCCACCCAGUCCAACGUGGCCAUCUUUGCAGAGGGCAGUCUGUACUCAGCCACGGCUGCAGAUUUCCAGGCCAGUGAUGCUGUAGUUUACCGAAGCCUUGGGUCUCAGCCCCCACUCCGCUCUGCCAAGUACGACUCCAAGUGGCUCCGAGAGCCACACUUUGUCCACGCCUUGGAGCAUGGAGACCAUGUCUACUUCUUCUUCCGAGAGGUGUCUGUGGAGGAUGCCCGGCUGGGGAGGGUGCAGUUCUCCCGUGUAGCCCGAGUAUGUAAACGGGACAUGGGUGGCUCACCUCGGGCCCUGGACCGCCACUGGACGUCCUUCCUGAAGCUGCGGCUUAACUGCUCUGUCCCUGGAGACUCUACCUUCUAUUUUGACGUCUUACAGGCCUUGACUGGGCCUGUGAACCUGCAUGGCCGCUCUGCUCUCUUUGGGGUCUUCACCACGCAGACUAAUAGCAUCCCUGGCUCUGCAGUCUGUGCCUUCUACUUGGAUGAUAUUGAGCGUGGGUUUGAGGGCAAGUUCAAGGAGCAGAGGAGUCUGGAUGGGGCCUGGACCCCUGUGUCUGAGGACAGGGUCCCCUCACCCAGGCCAGGAUCCUGUGCAGGAGUAGGUGGGGCUGCCUUGUUCUCAUCUUCUCGAGACCUCCCUGAUGACGUCCUCACCUUCAUCAAGGCUCAUCCACUGCUGGACCCUGCUGUGCCACCUGCCACCCAUCAGCCUCUCCUCACUCUCACUAGCAGAGCCCUACUGACCCAGGUAGCUGUGGAUGGCAUGGCUGGUCCCCACAGUAACAGUACAGUCAUGUUCCUUGGCUCCGAUGAUGGUACAGUGCUGAAGGUGCUGCCCCCAGGUGGGCGAUCUGGGGAACCUGAGCCCAUCCUACUGGAAGAGAUUGAUGCCUACAGCCCCUCCCGGUGCAGUGGGAAAAGGGCAGCACAAACAGCACGACGGAUCAUAGGGCUGGAGCUGGACACUGAGGGUCACAGGCUCUUUGUGGCUUUUUCUGGUUGUAUCGUCUACCUCCCUCUCAGCCGGUGUGCCCGGCAUGGGGCCUGUCAGAGGAGCUGUCUGGCUUCUCAGGACCCUUACUGUGGAUGGCAUAGCUCCAGAGGCUGUGUGGAUAUCAGGGGACCUGGUGGGACUGACAUGGAUCGGGCUGGGAAGCAGGAAUCCACGGACCAUGGUGACUGCCAAGAUGGAGCUACUGGGAGUAGGUCUGGCCCCGGGGAUUCCGCCUAUGUGCUUCUGGGUCCUGGCCCUUCCCCUGGGACCCCCAGUUCCCCAAGUGAUGCCCACCCUUGGCCCCAGUCUUCCACUCUUGGAGCUCAUACUCAGGGCGUGCGGGACUUCCCCCCAGCCUCGGCCUCCCGCUCGGUGCCCAUCCCACUCCUUCUGGCCUGCGUGGCCGCAGCCUUCGCCCUGGGCGCCUCAGUCUCUGGCCUCCUGGUCUCCUGUGCUUGUCGCCGCGCCCACAGACGUCGGGGCAAGGACAUCGAGACUCCGGGGCUCCCGCGCCCUCUCUCCCUUCGCAGUUUGGCCCGGCUACACGGUGGGGGCCCAGAGCCCCCGCCGCCGUCCAAGGACGGAGACGCAGCGCUGACGCCACAGCUCUACACUACCUUCCUGCCUCCUUCGGAGGGCGUACCCCCGCCGGAGCUGGCCUGCCUGCCCACCCCGGAGUCCACGCCAGAGCUGCCAGUCAAACACCUUCGCGUCGCCGGGGGUCCCUGGGAGUGGAACCAGAACGGGAACAACGCCAAGGAGGGCCCAGGCCGCGCGCGGGGCGGGAACACAGCGGGGGGCCCUGCGCCUCGCGUGCUGGUGAGGCCGCCGCCCCCAGGCUGUCCCGGGCAGGCGGUGGAAGUCACCACCCUUGAGGAACUGCUGCGCUACCUGCAUGGCCCCCAGCAGCCCAGGAAGGGGCCGGAGCCCCCGGCCCCUUUUACUUCUCGAGCGCUGCCGCCUGAGCCUGCCCCCACGCCCUCCCUCUUUGCGGGUUCCAGCCCUCUUCCCCGGGAAUGCGCCCCUCCCCUGAGGCUGGACGUGCCCCCGGAGGGCAAGUGCCCGCCUCCCACCACCCGACCCGCUCUCUCCGCGCCAGCUCCCCGGCUAGGGGUCGGGGGGAGCCGAAGGUUGCCCUUCUCCACGCACCGUGCGCCCCCUGCCCUGCUCACUCGAGUCCCCUCAGGAGGCCCCUCCAGGUACUCCGGGGGUCCCGGGAGGCACCUCUUAUACCUGGGCCGGUCUGAGGGAUACCGGGGCCGCGCCCUGAAGAGGGUGGACAUCGAGAAACCCCAGUUGUCCGCGAAGGCUCCUCUCGUGGGGCCCCCCUCCCAUCCGGCUGUCCCUAACGGCAGCCGUUUUAACCUUUGAAGGGAGCUGCCCCCACGGCCUCAGUGGGGCUCAAAGGCCGUAAGCAUGGACGCUUCUUCAAGGACACAUCACCUCCCCCUCUCUUGUACCGCACCUCCAGUCUUCCUGGACUCUGAGAGUCUCCCGAGGUCCCUUCUUGCCUCGGGUUUAUUUAUUGACUGUCGACUGUAUUUUCCCCUGCCCUCGAGAGAGAGGAGUGGGAGGUGAG